GCCGGCGUCAACCGGUCCGAGAGGAAGUUGCUAUGCCUUACAGUUAAUCGAGGCAAAAUCACUGGUUUAAUGCGACUCAGCAGCGCACUGUGAGAGUCCGAAGAUGUCGACUGCAGAAUGACCUCGGGGUGCUAGGGCUUGAAGGGCGGCGAUGCUUCCAUGCUUCUGUCCAGCAAGGGCGUGCUGGUUGCGUCACUGUCGUCUGAAUUGAGUGUCAAGCAACGAGCCAGUCGGGGAUUUUCACAGAGCGGCAACUUCUAUUUCGGCGCCCCUGCCAAGACCAAUGCCCCUCUAUCAAGCCCGCAGUCUGGGACCUUCGCGCAAACACCUCAAAAAGCUGAUUCAAAUCGGCGCCUGUCACUCCAAUUCCCCUUUUCCAAAAGCCAAUUCGAGCGUCGGAAACACUCGUUACUACGAGACCUUAAAGAAAGACAAUCUAAUUACAACAAAAACAAAAACGCUCUUUCGGCCCCAACAAAUGACCCAAACCGACCCUGUUCAGCCACCGGGCCCCGCCGGCCGCCGCCCGAUCCCCGUCACCAUCAUCACGGGCUUCCUCGGCGCCGGCAAGACCACCCUCAUCCUCAACCUCCUCCCGCAGCUGUGCGCGCGCAAUCCGGUCUACAGGCUCGCGCUGCUCAAGAACGAGUUCGGCGACCUGGCGGUCGACUCGCAGCUGGCGUCGGCGUCCGCCGUCGCCGGCGUCACCGAGCUGCUCAACGGCUGCAUCUGCUGCAACCUGGUCGGCCAGCUGGGGCCCGCGCUGGCCGAGCUGCGCCGCUCCGUCCGCCCCGACCGCGUCGUCGUCGAGACCAGCGGCAGCGCCUUCCCCGCCACCCUCGCCCUCGAGGUCAACCGCCUCGCCCGCGAGACCGGCGGCGAGUACGUCCUGGACGGCGUCGUCAGCGUCAUCGACGUGGAGAAUUGGGCCGGCUACGAGGACACCAGCUACACGGCCCGGCUGCAGGCGAGGUAUACAGAUCUGGUGGUGUUCAAUAAGUGGGAAGCGUGUGGGGAGAGGCGGUUCGAUGAGGUGCUCGACCGGCUGGGGGACUUGGAGGUGGAUGUGGCGUGGGUGAAGAGCGAUAAGGGGUGGGUCGAUGUCGACGUGGUGCUUGGGAUUGACGGCGCGCUGGCGAGGGGGCUGGUGGAAGAGGGGGAUUUUGCUGCGCAUGCUGCUGCUGCGGACGGGGAGUGCCAGCACGGGGACGGGUGCGGGCAUGAGCAUGAGCAUGAGAGGCAACACCACCAGUCGGAGGUCGAAGUGUUGUCGGUCGAGCUGAAGGGGGAGCAGGGCGCGGUGGUGGACGCGGAAAAGCUGCUGCGCUUCCUGAAGGCCACGCCGAAGGAUGAGGUAUACCGCAUCAAAGCAGUCUUGUCCGCUUCGGGGACUCUGCAAAAUUCGGAUGAUGUUGUGACCAUGCCGACGCCGCCACACGCAAGGAGCAGGUACAUCCUGAACUGGGCGUUUGGAAGAUGGACGUUUACGUCGAUGGGGGACGACGUCACGGAACACGCGUCGAGCAGCGAGGCCAUUCUCAGGAUGACAAUAAUCCUGGCAAGGUACGAGAGCGCCAAGUGGAAGAAAAAACUAGAAGCCGGCGGGUUACUGGAACUAGAGGGCACAUCCCGGGGAGAGCUGACCAUCACAAAGGUCAACUAGCUGGACUUGCAUAGAAUCGACUAGACUAGAGGAUAUACGCAUGUUGGACUCGUCACGUCUCGGUCACAUGGACCCGAAGUUGUCAUCUUGAUAACGCC